CUCAAUACCCUCUUGAUAAUAUUUACAACAUUGAUAAAACAGGGUUUUUUUAUAGAAUGCAGCCAAACCAAACACUUUCAUCAAAGCCUAUUCUUGGUCAAAAAAAAGAUAAAACUAAAAUAACAAUUCCUUUUGGAGUUAAUGCAAUGGGAACUAAUAAAUUAGUACCAUGGGUAAUUGGUAAAUCACCAUGUCCAAGAGCUUUUGAAGUACUGAAACAUAUAAAUAAUGAAUUUAGAGCUAAAAAUAAAAAAGUUUUACUUUUAGUUGACAAUGCACCAUCACAUUUUGAUCCAAAUAACUGCCUUCAAGAUACUGAAAUUGAACAAAAUAAUAAUAUCGACGUUACUGAUACUAACAUUAUUAAGGAGGUUGUUGAAAUUAACGAAGAUGAUGAAUAUGAUGAAUAUAAUAGUUAUGGUGAAGAGAGUUCUAUUUCAGCUAGAUCAU